GAUGCAAUAGUUUUAUUAGAACCAAUUGAACAUGCAACAAAAUUGUUGUCAGCUUCAUCUUAUUCCACACAUGGUGAUGUUAGAUUUUGUUUUUUGAGUAUUUUGGAAGAUCUGGAAACACAUUAUAAUGAUGAUGAAUUUACUCAACCAAUGAUUGCAAAUAGCAUUCACCAUAAAUUAGAAGAAUAUUGGCCAUUUUUGGAUAUUACCUCACAAAUUUCUUCAAUUUUAGAUCCUCGUUGCAAACUAUCAGCUUUCAAAGAUGAUGAAAAAGAAAAU